AGAGGUGGAAUUUGCAAGUGACUUAAUAUAUAUAUUUUUUUCUUCUGGGGGGAUUUUUUCUUUUUAUUCCUUUCUAGCUUGCACUGAAUUGAAGGGGUUUCAAUCCGUGUUUUUUUUUCUUUGUUGAACUGACAAUAUUUAUUUGAACGUUCUUUUUUGCCUGUAACACGUUCCAUAACAUAUCCCGUUCAUCUGUAACAAAACGUCGUGGUUCUGAACCUUUACAAGAAAAACGAUUCUCCAAAAGAAGUUAAAAACAAAAAGAUGUAUACGAGCGUUAGGGGUGAGGGUGAAGGCUCUCUUUCGUCCCAUCACUAAGCGGUUAGAGGACUCGUCUGUGACAUGGUGCCAAAUUUUCUUCUGUUUAAAGGGAGUUUGAUCGGGACCUUAUAAGAGAUUAUCUUGUUAGCGACUCUUUUUGUGCUAGACACUUUUAAGUCUCUCUCAGACGUUUUCCUGUUCUGUAUAAUUAAGCGUUUAGCGGACUAGGAACUGGAUUCUUUGUCUCAGCUGUGUUCCCUAACACGUAUCUGACAAUCAGUUUUGCUGCCUGGUUCAGUAGUUGCAUGAGUAUUUUAUAUUAAAUGGAACAACGCUAGCUGGAGAGACUGGGGUGUUUACUAUACUCCGAAAACAUCCCAUGGCUUCGUUGGACUGCUCCCCAGAAAUCUGGGAGACCUAAGUUCAGGUUCGUUCUCCUUGAUUCAGGGCAGGUAUUUGGUUCAAGGUUAGUGGACUGAUCGCAAGACUGUGGGCUGUUCUGGGAUAAAUCUGAUUUACAGUAGGAUUCUUAAAUAUUCAUUGAAUAACAGAGAAUGAUGCCUCCCCAUCGCAAGGGUGGUAAGUGUGUGCCUUUGAGGUACCCAUAUAUAGCUAAAAUUAUUCGGUAUGUUUAUGAGUAGCUUUGAGAUGAUGAACAUAUUCUUUGCAGUUUUACUGUUCGUGAAAACUCUUUUAUGCAUCUGAAUAGCAGUGGAAAUCUAUGGACAAAAAGCAGGCUAUAUAGGUAGAGGGAAUGGAAAUACGAAGCACAAGUUUUUGUUGGUAUGUAUGGCCUGCACGUGUCUAAUAGAUACGUAGAGCAGAAGGGUUACGUAGGGCAAAACGUCUGUGUGCAUGGAAGGAGGCUGAAUCUGUGCAUAAAUGCUUUUCUAUAGAAUAAGCACAGUACUUGUGUUGAGCUGCAGAGCGAAGUAACUGGACAGCAUCUACUGCACUGUUUCUUAAAGCUCUUUAGUAAUCUGCGCAGUAACUACUGCUACGUGUGUUUGUAAGGUUUUGUACCCCAUUCUGCACAUCCGUUCUGUGUCAUCAGAUAAAGUAACUGCUGUGACAGUAAGAAAAUUUAAAAGUUGGGAAACCUUUUAAGUCCAAAGAGUUUUAACUCAGUUGUGUUGUACUUGGUCACUGCAUUUGAUAGACAGCUUGUGCUGUUAAUAUAUUCUACAAAGUGUUUUUCCAGAGGAAUGGAAGCUCUAGGCUGUGCUUACAGUGUUGCAAUUCUUUAACCUUUUGUUACUUAAAAGAGGGUUGGGCUAUUCCUGUUGAGUUGAACAUCAUCCCACACCCAAGAAACAGUCUGACUACUUAGUGGAUUUGGAUAAUUUACUGCCUUGUUUUGCUAACAGACUAUACUGGAGAGCGUACUUGCAGUACAUGCCAGCCUUGACAGAGAUUGGUGAUUACAGACUACUUGGUCCAUCACUGAAUUUCGAAAUUGUGGAUGAAUUGUCUUUUUUUUUUUUUUCCGCCUUUCUAAGAUAUUACUCGCAUCUUCAGCAAAUUCAAGCCUUUUAUACGUUUCCGUUCCAUCCAAUGAUGACUGCAGUGCCCAACAUGGAAGCCGUGACUGAGCAGCCCACUCUAGAGGACGUUCCAGAGCCAAACUUGGCUCAGGAACCUACUAAAGAAGUUGCAAAAGGAGGAAGGAAAAGAAAAGCCAAAGCAACUGAGCCAAAGCAACCCAAAAAACCUGCUGCUAAAAAAGAAAAAUCAGCCAAGUCAAAAGGCAAACAAGAAAAAAUCACAGAUACUUUUAAAGUCAAAAGAAAAGUGGACCGUUUUAAUGGCGUAUCUGAAGCGGAACUUCUUACCAAGACUUUACCUGAUAUUUUGACCUUUGAUCUGGAUAUUGUAAUAAUUGGCAUAAACCCUGGCUUGAUGGCAGCUUACAAAGGACAUCAUUAUCCUGGACCUGGAAACCAUUUUUGGAAGUGUCUCUUCAUGUCUGGUUUAAGUAAUGAACAGCUGAACCAUAUGGAUGACCACACCUUACCGUAUAAAUAUGGAAUUGGAUUUACGAACAUGGUGGAAAGGACAACACCUGGAAGCAAAGACCUCUCCAGCAAAGAGUUUCGGGAAGGAGGGCGAAUUCUGGUGCAGAAAUUGCAAAAGUAUAAACCUCGUAUAGCAGCUUUUAAUGGAAAAUGUAUUUAUGAGAUUUUCAGUAAAGAAGUUUUUGGAAUAAAAGUUAAAAAUUUGGAAUUUGGAUUGCAGCCCCACAAGGUGCCAGAUACAGAAACUCUCUGCUAUGUUAUGCCAUCAUCCAGUGCAAGAUGUGCUCAGUUUCCUCGUGCCCAAGAUAAAGUUCAUUAUUACAUAAAGCUGAAAGACCUAAGGGAUCAACUGAAGGGCAUUGCACCAAACACAGACGUGCAAGAGGUGCAGUACACGUUUGACUUGCAACUUGCACAAGAGGAUGCUAAAAAGAUGGCUGUCAAAGAAGAAAAAUAUGAUCCGGGUUAUGAAGCAGCAUACGGAGGAGCUUAUUGUGAUCGCACAAUAUAUGAAAAUGAACAGUGCAAUUUCUCUUCAAAUGAAGCUGCAGCAAGCAAUCCACAGUACUGCGAGGGGUCAUCCUUCAGUGAAGUUCCUAAUGGACAAUGGAUGGCACAGUCCUUUGCAGACCAGAUUCCAGAAUUCAAUACUGGAAUGACACAAGAACAAGAAGGAAGCAGUGCAUAAGAGCUGUUUCUUCUCAGCUAUGCAUACAUGCUGCAGUUUUAAUGCAGUGAUCAGGAUAGGUACCGUGGUUCUCCCAACUGAAGCGUUUUUAAUAGUAUUUUACCUCCCCUAGCUUAUUUUAUUAUAGUCAAAACUAAUUGUGUGUGGUAGGCUCAAAUCAAUGAACUAGAUAAUUUUAAGGAACGGUCCAAUCUUUUUAAAAAACAGAAGUUGGCCCUUUUUUGUAUAUGAGUUUUAUAUUUAAUGUAUAUCCUUUCUUGCAGUUUUUGACAAAUUGCUGUCUCAUUUAUGAAGAUUUCUUUGGGGCGUUAAUUUUAUUCUGUCACUUGUAAUGUAGUAGCAACAGCGGUGGUAUACUUUUUACUGAUGCCUCGUCUAUUUGGAUAGCUCAUAAUCCUUUUAUAUCCAGAGAGCAGAGAAAGGGAAGUAUACCUUGAUCUUACACAAAGUGAGUUUUUAAUCAUGCAGAGUUAAACAAAUUGUAUAUUUAAGUCUGCCUGUUACCUUCUUAAAAAGUGCAGAAGGUUGUGUUCUGCAGCUGGGAGUGCUGAAUGUUUUCUGGGCAGGAAAAGAGCUGUCUUUUUAGUGUACCAUAUUCAGGACUAAAGACAUCAUUGUCUCAAGUCACAACGUUGAGGAGGAAAAUUUAGGACCUAAAUAUUCUAGCUGAGCUGACUCAAAGGUCAGGUCUCCCUACCGUUCCAUCUCUUCCCCCUUUAAUUCCAACGUAAGGAAGUGGAAUUCUUUAAAAAACAAAAACAAAAAAAACCAGUGGUUCUUGAAUUCUGUGGCAUUUAAACUCUCAGCCUUUUCGAUGUGAUGAGUCUCUUCACCUGAGCUAUUGCUAGCAACACCGUUAGCAGGAGACAACCCUUUGAACAGAUUAUACUGCAGGGCCUUGAAAGACCAAAUUCUCUGUAAAAUCCAUGUACAGUUACGUGGUUUACAUCUCCAGUGUAAAUCAAGCAAAAAAAUUGUACAUCUUACAACUAGCACAGGCUGAAAGAUGAUUGCAAUUUGGCAAUUCUUAAUGUUCAUUUCUCUUCAAUCUGGAAGACUUCAGAGGGUGUUCUCCUUACUCUUACAAGAAAAAAAAGUAUUAAGUUACAGAUAAGAGCAGCUGUUCCAUGAAAAAGUAGGCAACUGUGGAAACUACAGCUUUCUUUUUGAGGAACGUCCUUAAAAUAUACACCCUUUGAUGUGGCCAAUGUGUGACUGAGAAAGAAAUGAGGUUCCACACUUGGGCCUAAUCAUCAUCAUCAUCAUCCUGCCCUCUUUUAAAUACGAGGAAGAGAUGAAGUAAAAGCAAUAAGCUGAUCAAAACUUUAAAGUUUUGAUGAACUUAUGAGAGUAGGUGCUUCACAUACUUGAAAAAUAGAUACAAACGGUAUCUCCACAAUCUAUGCUGGUCAGAGAUUCCUGUACCAGUGUUCUUAUCCUUUCCUCACAGUCAUUGACAGUUGAAACACAUCGAGUUUAACUAGUUAGUGUAGAUUCUAAUCCUGCUGCAGCAACUGUCAGUGAGAUCACACACUGUCAACCUGUUGUGAGGCAGGUAUGAUGUUUACAGUUUUCUUCCCAAAUUAUGUGGCUUAAUUCUGAGCGUCUUAAAUCAAGGAAGUGUGCAUUAUGAGUCUGAUCGUGUUUAUUAGCUUCAGCAUAAAGCUGUUCAGUAUCUUGUCAAAAAGGUAUAGGAUUUGUCUUGUCUGCUAUUUAAAGUGUACUGUAUCAUGUAUCACUGUUUACAUGGACAUUUUCCUGCAGGUGCUCAAAGUAUCUUGUAUCAGGGAUUUG